UUCCUCCGCCUGGCUCUUGGCGCAUGCGCCGCGCGGGCUUCCCUCUCGUCUGCCUCCCCCUCUCCCGGCGAGCGGCCGGGGCUGCUGUUGGGGGCGGCGGGGCUCCCGCUUCCGGUGUGGUGUCAUGGCGACCGGUGGGCUCUGAUGGCUGAGGAAGAGGAAGGCAGCUGAACGCUCGGCGACGGGGGCCGGAUCGAGCCGAGGGGCAGGGGGCGGCGAGACCCUCCCCCUCCGGGCUUGGUGGGCGGCGGGACAUGGCGGCCCAUAAGCCGGUGGAGUGGGUGCAGGCCGUGGUGAACCGCUUCGACGAGCAGCUUCCCAUCAAAGCUGGCCAACAGAAUACCCACACCAAAGUCAGCACAGAACACAAUAAAGAAUGUCUCAUCAACAUUUCCAAGUACAAAUUUUCCUUGGUCAUCAGCGGACUCACCAAUAUCUUAAAAAAUGUCAACAAUAUGAGAAUAUUUGGAGAAGCUGCUGAAAAGAACUUGUACCUCUCUCAGUUGAUUAUUUUGGAUACACUGGAAAAAUGUCUGGCAGGGCAACCGAAGGACACUCUGCGGCUUGAUGAAACCAUGCUGGUCAAACAGUUGUUGCCAGAGAUCUGCCACUUCAUCCACACCUACCGCGAAGGGAAUCAACAUGCAGCGGAACUUCGCAGCUCUGCCUCCGGGGUCCUGUUCUCUCUCAGCUGCAACAACUUCAAUGCUGUGUUCAGCCGCAUUUCUACCCGAUUACAGGAACUGACCGUGUGCUCUGAGGACAAUGCCGAUGUUCAUGACAUUGAGCUCUUGCAGUACAUCAGUGUGGACUGUGCUAAACUGAAGCGGAUCCUGCAAGAGACGGUGUUUAAAUUCAAAGCCCUAAAGAAAGUAGCACAACUGGCCGCAAUCAACAGUCUUGAAAAGGCAUUUUGGAAUUGGGUGGAAAACUAUCCAGAUGAAUUUACAAAGUUGUACCAGACGCCACAGAUGGAUCUGGCAGAUUGUGCAGAGAAGUUGUUUGAUCUGGUGGAUGGGUUUGCCGAAAGCACGAAACGCAAAGCAGCUGUGUGGCCGUUGCAAAUCAUCCUGCUUGUCCUGUGUCCGGACAUCAUCCAAGACAUAGCCAAGGAUGUGGUGGAGGACAACAAAACAAACAAGAAACUGUUUUUGGACAACCUCAGGAAGGCUCUUGCAGGCCACGGCGGCAGCAGGCAGCUGACUGAAAGCGCCGCCAUUGCUUGCGUGAAGCUGUGCAAAGCAUCGACCUAUAUCAACUGGGAAGACAAUUCUGUCAUUUUCCUUUUAGUGCAGUCCAUGGUGGUGGAUCUUAAGAAUCUGCUGUUCAACCCGAGCAAGCCUUUCUCUCGAGGCAACCAGAACGCUGACGUUGACCUCAUGAUCGACUGCCUGGUCUCCUGCUUCCGCAUCAGCCCCCACAACAACCAGCACUUCAAGACUUGCCUGGCACAGAACUCUCCCUCCACAUUUCACUAUGUACUGGUCAAUUCGCUCCAUCGAAUAAUCACAAAUUCUGCCCUGGAUUGGUGGCCGAAGAUCGAUGCGGUGUACUGUCAUUCCAUGGAGCUCCGCAGCAUGUUCAGUGAAACCCUUCACAAAGCUCUACAGGGCUCUGGCGUGCACACACCAAUACGCAUGACGACGAGUCUUACCUUUAAAGAGAAAAUGACAAGUCUUAAGUUUAAGGAGAAGCCCACGGAUGUCGAAACCAGAAACUACAAAGUCUUGUUGUUAUCGAUGGUGAAACUGAUCCACGCUGAUCCAAAACUCUUGCUCUGUAACCCAAGGAAGCAGGGCCCAGAGACGCAGGGCAGCACGGCGGAGCUGAUCACAGGGCUGGUGCAGCUGGUGCCGCAGUCCAGCAUGCCUGAAAUCGCACAAGAAGCCAUGGAGGCGUUGCUUGUGCUUCAUCAGUUAGACAGCAUUGACCUGUGGAAUCCAGAUGCACCUAUAGAGACAUUUUGGGAGAUUAGUUCACAAAUGCUGUUUUGUAUUUGCAAGAGGCUCACAACCAACCAGAUUCUCAGCAGCACGGAAAUUCUCAAAUGGUUGCGAGAGAUCCUGAUCUGCAGGAACAAAUUUCUUCUGAAGAACAAGCAAUCAGAUAGGAGUUCCUGUCACUUUCUGUUCCCCUAUGGUGUGGGCUGUGAUGUCACUGGGGGUGGAGUAAACCAGAUUUCUCUGGACCAUGAAGAGUUGAUGCGUUGUACCCCAGGUGGUACACUCCGGAAGAGCAAGGGCAGUUUUUGUCUGGAAAGCACCGUGGGCUGCGCUGGGAUGCCCAUCUGUCGCCAAGCCCAGACGAAGCUGGAGGUUGCCAUGUACAUGUCUCUCUGGAGCCCAGACACCGAAGCAGUUCUGGUGGCCAUGUCCUGUUUCCGGCAUCUUUGUGAGGAAGCAGACAUCAGGUGUGGAGUAGAUGAGGUCUCUGUACACAACUUCUUGCCCAACUACAACACCUUUAUGGAAUUUGCAUCUGUGAGCAACAUGAUGUCAACAGGGCGAGCAGCUCUCCAAAAACGAGCAAUGGCAUUGUUAAGACGAAUUGAGCAUCCAACGCCAGGGAACACCGAGGCUUGGGAAGAUACCUUUUUAAAAUGGGAGACGGCCACAAAACAUAUCCUCAACUAUCCAAAGACUAAAAUGGAAGAUGGGCAGGUUACUGAAAGCCUCCACAAGACCAUAGUCAAGAGGCGCAUGUCCCAUGUCAGCGGCGGAGGGUCCAUAGAUCUUUCUGACACAGAUUCGCUGCAGGAGUGGAUCAACAUGACGGGUUUCCUGUGCGCGCUCGGAGGCGUGUGCUUGCAGCAUCGCGGCAGUGCAGGGUUUGCCACCUACAGCCCCCCCAUGGGCCCUGUGAGUGAGCGCAAAGGUUCCAUGAUAUCCAUGAUGUCCACCGAAGGCAACACAGAGACUCCUGUGAGCAAAUUCAUGGAUCGCCUGUUAUCCCUGAUGGUCUGCACCCAUGAGAAAGUCGGCCUGCAGAUACGCACCAACAUCAAAGAUCUGAUGGGCUUGGAGUUGAGCCCGGCUCUUUACCCAAUGCUCUUCAACAAGUUAAAGGGCAUCAUCAGCAAAUUCUUUGACUCUCAGGGGCAGGUCUUGUUGAACGACACCAAUACCCAGUUUGUGGAGCAGACCAUUGCCAUCAUGAAGAACCUGCUUGACAAUCACACCGAAGGGAGCUCGGAGCACCUGGGACAAGCCAGCAUUGAGACCAUGAUGCUGAACCUAGUCAGAUAUGUACGUGUCCUCGGGAAUCUGGUGCAUGCCAUUCAGAUCAAAACCAAACUCUGUCAGCUGGUGAAGGUGAUGAUGGAGAGGCGGGACGACCUUUCCUUCUGCCAAGAGAUGAAAUUCAGGAACAAGAUGGUGGAGUAUCUGACGGAUUGGGUUAUGGGAACAUCCAACCAGGCCACGGAUGAGGAUGUAAAAUGCCUGACUAGAGAUUUGGACCAGGCAAGCAUGGAAGCCGUGGUUUCUCUCCUUGCAGGGCUUCCCCUGCAGCCUGAAGAAGGGGAUGGAGUAGAGCUGAUGGAAGCCAAAUCUCAGCUGUUCCUUAAGUAUUUUACCCUAUUUAUGAACCUCCUGAAUGACUGCAGUGAAGUUGAAGAUGAAAGUGCGCAGACCGGAGGCCGGAAGCGUGGCAUGUCUCGGAGGCUGGCUUCAUUGCGACAUUGCACGGUCCUUGCCAUGUCCAACCUGCUCAACGCAAACGUCGACAGUGGACUUAUGCACUCAAUAGGGCUAGGUUAUCACAAAGAUCUCCAGACAAGAGCCACGUUCAUGGAGGUUCUCACCAAAAUUCUGCAGCAGGGCACGGAGUUCGACACCCUCGCAGAAACGGUUCUGGCAGACCGGUUUGAGAGAUUGGUGGAACUGGUCACCAUGAUGGGUGACCAAGGAGAACUGCCCAUUGCUAUGGCGUUGGCAAAUGUGGUGCCUUGCUCCCAGUGGGAUGAACUGGCUCGUGUCCUGGUCACCCUCUUUGAUUCCCGACAUCUGCUCUACCAGCUGCUUUGGAAUAUGUUCUCUAAGGAAGUGGAAUUAGCAGACUCAAUGCAGACUCUCUUCAGAGGAAACAGUUUGGCAAGCAAAAUAAUGACUUUCUGUUUUAAGGUUUACGGCGCUACCUAUCUGCAAAAGCUUUUGGAGCCUUUGUUAAGGACCAUCAUUACAUCUUCUGAAUGGCAACAUGUUAGCUUUGAAGUGGACCCUACAAGGUUGGAAUCCAGCGAAAGCCUGGAAGAUAACAAGCGGAACCUUCUCCAGAUGACCGAGAAAUUCUUCCACGCAAUCAUCAACUCCUCUGCGGAGUUCCCACCCCAGCUCCGAAGUGUGUGCCACUGUCUCUAUCAGGCUACUUGUCACUCUCUCCUGAAUAAAGCUACCGUAAAAGAAAAAAAGGAAAACAAAAAAUCAGUAAGUUUUUUGGAGAAGUUUUCUUAGCCGCUUCUGUCCACGCGCACCCCCCUCCCCUUCCCCCCCGGUUGCUGUUCUGCUCCUCUUUCAUUCCAAGAGAAAAACUUCACUUCUAGCCAACUUGACUCUCAUUGUGAAAUCAUUCUACUAAUUCUGGCGCCCAAAGAGCUUUCGUUUCAAUUAACCCUGAGCCAAAGUCUUGUUUGUUACGAGCAUUCUCUGUGUGCCUCUUUGACUCCACAACUGAAGGUGAAUUCUGCAACUGUGCCUCAGCCAUGUGGAUGUGUUUUUUUCUU